UCACUACUCUACAAUUAUAUGCACAGAGUCACAUGUCUCUGUCAUGAAUGUGACUCUUUCUUCUCCAAAGUUUUCACAUUUGUAUUCUGUGUGUGUGUGUGUGUUUAGAUUAACUUGGAUUUGAAGCAUCAGAGAAAUUUCUAUUCAAAUAUUCACUUUCUCAACUUUUCUAGUAAUUAUGUUUCACUAUCAAUUCAAUUCCUAUCAAACCCAACCCAUACAAUCUCUAUUUUCUCAAACAGGGUGGUAGCUUCUCAUGCUCAAUUUCCCUGUUCUUGAAGCUUUCCACUCUUUUUUGGCCUUUUUGAUGGAAUUCAUUCCCCCCUUCAUCUUCUUCUCUUUUUCAAAGUUAGGGUUUUAAAAUUUAAAACCUAAAAAAACCAGGAGAGAGAGAGAGAGAGAGAGAGAUGAUGGAGAGAGGCUACGGCGGCGUUGGCGGAGGAGGAAGUGGUUAUCCGUACGAGAGUGGGGUGGUGAUGUCCAGAGACCCAAAGCCCAGGCUGAGGUGGACUGCCGAUCUCCAUGACCGAUUUGUCGAUGCAGUCACCAAGCUUGGUGGCCCUGACAAAGCAACUCCCAAGUCGGUGCUGAGAGUGAUGGGCGUAAAGGGCUUGACGUUGUACCAUUUAAAGAGUCAUUUACAGAAGUAUAGACUUGGGCAGCAGGCCAAGAAACACAAUACUAUAGAACAAAACAGAGAGAACAAUGAUGGUUCCUACAGAGAUUACCAAGUGCAUUCCUCAAGUGCAACUACCCAUUCACUGGGAGUGAAUACUGAACAAGGAGAACUGCCAAUUGCAGAGGCACUGCGGUGUCAGGUUGAAGUACAGAAAAGAUUACAAGAGCAACUCGAGGUACAAAAGAAGUUGCAGAUGAGAAUAGAGGCCCAAGGGAAGUACUUGCAAACAAUAUUAGAGAAAGCUCAAAAGAGCCUCACACUCGAUAUGAACUUCCCUGCAGCAAGUGUCGAAGCCACAAGAGCUCAACUAACCAACUUCAAUUUGGCUCUAUCAAAUCUCAUGGAGAACGUGGAUGGGGAAGUGAGGAAUGAAAACAAUAUACAUAAGAGCUUAUUGAAUGACAUUAAUAGGAAAGCGAAUGGGUCACUUUACUUGGGGGAGGUAGAGGAAAGGAAAGACAUCAAGCUUAAAGUUGAAGGCGGUUCCGUAAAUUUUGAUUUGAAUACUAGAGGGAGCUAUGAUUUCAUUGGCACAAGUAGAUCUGAAAUGGAAGCCAAGACACUUGCAUAUAGGAGUUAGAAUUGAAAAUAUGGUAUUUUACAUUUUCUUCUAUUGAUAUAUAUUUCACCUUCAGUAGCUAAAUAUAUUUGUUGUCAUUACUAGUCCAGAUACAUGAAUGCUAUUAUUCUGAGUCUUGUUGCCAUGAUAACUCAUCAGCCGAUACCUAUGCAUUGGUGGUGUUGAUAAGUUUUGUUGGGUCUCUGUAUAUUAAAGCAUGUUGCGUCAACACGUUGAACUAUGGAGCCUAUGGGUGAGGACUGAAGGUCAUACAACUCAUAUCAUAUGGGAUGAUUAACGACAUGUUUUUGAACAUUGUUAGUGAUUCUUUGAUUU